AUGGGUGAUAGUGUCUCAUUUCAGCGGUCCCCGGACGACUCGGAUUCAGAUUCGGAUUUGAAUUCUUUAUUCGGGGAGAUUUCCGACCUAGUCACGCUUGAUGAUGAACGUCUGAGGUCUACGACAUCAACUUCUAGAGAAGCUGUGCUUGUCCAACAAACUGAUCCAGUAUAUGGUCUUCAAUGGACUAACGGAAAUGGCAAUUUUUCUCUCACACCUCGAUGGACCGUCGAGCCAACAAUUGGUGCUAUCAUCCUGACGCUGCGGAAUGUCAUCGAUCUACAUAAGAGAUAUACUGUUGAGCACCUCUGGGACGGAACAUUCAAUAAGAUUUAUUCGGUUUCAUAUGAUCAAACGCACCUUAUCAUGCGUAUCUCUCUUCCCGUAUGCCCAAGAACCAAGACGGAAAGUGAGGCGGCAACAAUCCAAUCUUACGACUCUUCGCGCGACAACCCCAUAGGCUUCGAAUGGAUAUUGAUGGACCGGAUCGACGGAAUACCCCUUUCUCAGUGUUGGAGUUCCGUUACUCAGGAUGCUAAAGAGCGCAUAGUAAAGCAAAUCGCUAGAUAUGCCGCUACCGCCUUUAGGGCGCAAUUCAAAGGCGUCGGUAACCUAUACCCUCCACGAUCGUAUUCGUCGGGUUCUCAGCCUCGGGUAGCCGACCUUCGCUUAAAGACACUAGAGAUAUCCGAUAAAGGUCAUCGCGAAAUUGCCACCAGAAUGAUAAUACUCAUUAACCAUCUUCGAGGCAUAGAGGAUAAGUUUUUCCCAACCCCCGAGAUCGGUUCCAACGAGAACCUCGUUUGUGAUGACGAUGAGUCGAUUGACAAGGACGAGGACGAGGAUGAUGAGGAUGUCGUUGACAAAGGAGAACGGCCUGACGAACCUACUAUGCUUUGGCAUGAUAACAUCUCCCUUGAUAACAUUCUAGUCGAUAAGAACGGAAUUCUCUGUGGCGUCAUUGGCUGGGAAUGUGUCUCUUGUCUCCCCCUUUACGAGGCCUGUCAAUUUCCUGCAUUUCUUCAACAACCACAGGACCGCCCUGUCGAGCCAUCAACGCCCUUUAGAGUUACGCGAAAACAGCCAAACAAUGAUCGGGAGAUCGCAAGUUAUGACAGGAAAUUGCGACAGCAUCACAUUACCCUACUGCGUCGGUCAUUCAUCACCGAGAUGCUUCACCUAUGUCCUGAAUGGGUUGCUAUUUUUGAUGGUAGGAGAUACUUGAGGGACUACGAGGCUGCGGUGCAGAAUUGCGACAACGAAUCUGCUUACGAGAUAGUCGAGAAAUGGGUAGAUGCUGUGGAGAGGGUAGAAAAUUCCGAUAGGACCCCCUGGCCUCUUCACGAACGUCUGAUGGGGUGA